AUGUACAGCUGGCCGUAUCACCUCUUCGUCGGGAUAGAUGCCAACUUCCGCCUCAAGCGCAAGGACGUGUCUACGGACGCCGUCGAUCCCGGACUUAACAGAGGGUAUGCAUACUUUGUCGAGGAGAAGGCAUACAAAGCGUUUUUGGACGUACACGACAAGCACGAGAAGAUCGAGAAGAGUUCGUGCAACAGUCACGACGCCGUCAAGCUAGCGAAUAUGAGAGGCAGCCAGGGCACUGCUGCUAGCGGCGUCGCGACGAUCGAAUGUGUCCGUCAUGACAUGAAGCGACCGUGUUCCGUAGGAGACCUUCAAAAGGGAGAGCGGUACGUGAACAUGGAUUAUCUGUUUGCGAGCAGCUUGCGUAAGCACUCCACGACGCGCGUAGUUGUCUCAUACGACAUCGCCUGUCAAUGGAGUGUUAAUCUAUGGAGCCGCAUGAUGCAGUACGAAUUUGAAUGGAACUUUGAGCAACAAACGAUCACUUUCCUCAUCCCGAAAUUUCACCUUCCGGCUCACCAAGAAAGCUGUCACACGAAGUACUCAUACAAUUUUAUCAAGCACGUUGGCCGUACAGAUGGAGAAGCCGUGGAGCGCGGUUGGGCUGCUGUCAACGGAUUCUCGGGUAGCACGAAGGAGAUGGGGCCAGGAUCGCGUCGGGACGUCCUCGAUGACGUGUUCGGUGACUACAACUGGCGCAAAGUCAUUCAGUUACCCAAAACAUUGCUCAUCAGGGUCAAGAACGCAGUCGAUGAGCGCAGCAAACAUGUAGCCGAGUUCCAGGACUUGACUCAGGUCAUGAACUCUGUGCAUGUAGCUGAGUGGACGCAGCAAGUGGAGGCUUGGGAGAAUGGAGCCGAUUACAAUCCGUUCGUGGGCACUCGGCACCCUGUGACGCUUGCGUCUAUCCGCCGCACGCUCGCCGAAGAGGAAUCAACUGCCAUCAACAACGGAACAUUCACAAUGCUCCAUGACACGGUGUCGCCAAGUGUUCUCAUCAUUGCAGGCCUGGAAAUCGAAGACCUUCAGCGUCGCCUUCGCAAAGAUGCUGCAUCUAUCGGCAACAGUGGUACAGAUUCGCAGCACGCAGACAUUGUCCGCCGUCGCAACAACUUACAGCUUAGGAUCAAGCCUGGCGAGAGUUCCAAGAUCUCUACAUGCCCGGCAUCAUCCAGCUACGAACCCUGA